AAAUAGUUUUUUUUAUUUUGCUUUAAUAUAUCUUUAGAUUUCUUUCGGAAACAAACCAAGAUCAGGAAAGACAGAACCCCUUUGCUACGAACAGAAAUCUCCGUCGUACGGCGGCAGCGAUGGUGCCCUCCUCCUGGUCCGAUCUCCCGGAGCACCUCUUAAACUGCAUAGCCAAGCGCCUCGAUGCGGAAAUCAACGUUCUCCAUUUCCGUGCUGUUUGUUCCUCUUGGCGCUCCUCUUUUCCUCGGCCAAAUUACCCUAACCGUCCUCUGCCUCUCAAACUCCCCUUCCCGAUAGCCCCCUCCAACCCCUACUGGCCUAAUCCACCCGGCUUCUAUGCUCUCUAUGAGGACACUGUUUACCUACUUCAGUUGCCCGACAACGAAGAGGUAAAUGCUUGUACUUCUUCACCUCAGCAAGACCGUCGCCGUCAGGGCUGGUUGGUUAGGGUUCGAGAAGAAUUUCCGGGUAGAUUUCAUGUUUUCAGUCCUAUUUUGAAGCGCCGCGUAGAUUAUUUUCCAGAAACUUUUCCUAGAAACUUGAACGUGCUGAAUUUUAGGGUCACUGAAGUGUGUAAACUGCAUAAUCUUCGUUUUGUUUCUUCCUCUUUGCCGAACGAUAAUGUUGGUAUCUAUCGCCGAGAAUUCCGGGUGGUACUGUUAGGCAAUUCUAUUUCAACUGGUCGCGCGGUUUUUGCAAUUUAUGGCCGUCGUGAAGGUGAUUUGUGUUUUAUGAGACUAGGAGAUGAGAAAUGGACUGUUGUUCGACAUGAUGCAGAUGUUUUCUAUUGUGAUAUUGCAAUUCGAGAUGAUCAGUUCUAUGCUGUCGACAAUGUGGGAAUGUUGUGUGUUUUUGAUUCUUCAUUUCAGAAGAUAGCAACUAUUCCAUCUCCUUCAGUUGAUGGGGCAGAACGUCGUAUUUUCAAUUUGGUUGAAUCAUUUGGCGAUAUCUUGUUAGUAGUCUUUCGAAAUGUGGAUUCCUUCAGAGACUUAAUUGAUUAUGAUCAGAGAGCCAGAGGUUUCACAAAACAUGGUUCUUCUCAUGUCAUGGUUCAGAUAGAGGUUUACAAGUUAAAUGAAAAGGAGGGUAAUUGGUCUGAGGUGAGGGAUUUGGGGGAUAGAGUAUUGUUUGUGAGUAAUGAUGGCUGCUGGUCUGUUUCAGCUCAUGAUUUUGCUGGAUGCAAAGGGAACUGCAUUUAUUUUCAUGCAUUUUGGAAUGUUCAAACUGCUAAUCGUGACAACAGGCUUCGAGGACUUGACUACGGAGAGAUAGGAGUCUUCAACUUAGAGGAUGGAACUGGGGGACCAUUGGCAUCUUACCCUGGUUAUUCAGAUAUGUUUUGGCCACCUCCAACUUGGUUGAAUUCAAACACAAGUUAGUAUGGAUACUCAAAGUGUCAAUCUUCCUAUCCAGCACGCUCCAAGUGAUGCAGGGAAGGUAGGGGUGCCCCUGCAUCACCAAGAAUACUGAAUAUGUAAAUAAAUCCAUUGGGGCGCUGCCAAAGGGACGACUCCACUAAAUUGUAAUUUUUGAUAAGCAGAACUGAAUGAAUACUCUGAAUAUGUAAGUACUUUCUGUGUACAAGAGGUGCUCUCCUAUAUAAUGUCAGAUGAUUUAUGCAUGUGUUGAAAAUAUAUGUGCGUGACAGUG